AUGAUUUCCCUUCACAGACCCAUGGUUUCGAAAUAUUUCCUCACUAACAACGCCCUAGCCCGCGACUUCGCACCGCACCGCACCGCACCGCACAGCCUUUCCCCCUGACUCCACAAACAACACCCCAUCAUCUCUCCAUCCAUCACUCCCUCUACACACCCACCACAUCCUCUUACAAAAACAACCACAACAUGACGCCCCCUCCGCGUCCCCCAAAAAGCAGAGACUGCUGGCCCACGGGCCGCAGCCGCAAAUGGCCAGGCCUCUCGCGCUUCGCCGGCGUCUUCGCGGGGCUCACGGCGCUGCUCGCGCUCGCGCAGGUCGCCGUGGGUAUCGCGAUUGCGAAGAUGCUGAUGCAGACGCCGGCGGUUCUGGACUGCUUUGAUUUUAGGACCGAGGACCGGUGGGAGAAGAAGGAGAGGCCGCUGCUGAUUGUGGAUGAUACAAUAACCUUCCUCUCCAUCAUCCUCCCGCUCUCCAGCCUCCUCUUCACCAGCACGCUCGCCUACUGCCACACCCGCCGCGACGGCCUCCCCGUGCGCGUCGGUGUGCUCUGCGGCUCGUGGAUGCUGACCGGGUGGGCGUGCUUCGCGGUGUUCGACGCGCGGCUGCGCGUGGAUCCGUGGACCAGCGUGCUGCAGUGGGAGACGUGCUGGGUGGAGCAUAGCACAGCCGUGCGCAUGUGGGGCGAGAGGGGGAUUAGGACGAGGCUGCUGGCGGCGAGGGAGUGGAUGGUUGUGCUGGGGUUUAUUGCGAUGUCGCACUACCUCCUCCUCGCGCUCCUCGCCGCGUUCCUCGCCUGGAAGGAAUCACGCUGCAAUCGCAGCCCUGACGCUGCGCCCCAACAGCUACCGCCUCCAAACCCCCGCUCCGAUACCGAGCUCCGGACCUUCCCCCGACCCGAUAGGCCUCUAGCCAAUGGUCCCGUGCGCCUUCCGCCUCGCACCCACGACGAAGAAGCCGUCCGCAGGGACAGCGACGACACUAUCGCUGAUGCAGAGUUGGGGAAUCCGUUCGUAGAUCCAGUGCAGCGUCGGGUUUUCGUAUAGCGCGGUGGAAGGCGGAGAGGGAAGUUGAGGAAUAUGAGGGAUAGCGGGAGGAGUGGGAGUCGGAGCGGAAAGAAAGAGAGAUAGGGAAAGGACGGGUGACGGGUAAUGUUAAAUGAAGACGGGACGAAGAUAAUGAAGGGAUGUAGUGAAGUUAUGGCUCCGCGAUACGUUAUAC